CCGUCACCUUCCCGCACCACUGAGAGAGCGCGCGAAGGGGCGACCGUCUAGGGUUCCUCCGCCGCCGUCGCUGCUUCAACCGACUGUACCUCCCACCGACGCGUCCCCCUCCUCCGGUCCCAUUCGGCGCCCCCAAACCGGCCAACGACGAUCCCACUGAAAACGCCCGCCUUUUCCCUCCUCGCCGGCGUCCGACCUUCUUUCGUUCUUGCUAGAUGGAUCAGCGUGGAUUUGUGCGCAAGUCCAUCGUCCGGAUCUCCUUCAAGUGGCCGAAUCCUGACAACAAGGGGAAGAUACUGACUGUCGUCCUCCCUGGCACCAUCGUCUCCAUCAAGGACGACGGAUCCUGCGUCGUGCUCGCGGAUCGCACAUUCUUCCGACGGGAGAACUGCCCUUUCGUGGUGAAUCUGCCGACUUCUGAGGGAUACGAUGCUGUGCCUGUGGCUCCAUCGAUGCAGUUUUUCGUACGUGGCUUCUGUGUGUUGGUUCUUCAGGUGCAACCAAAUGGUUAUCUGCAACCGGUGACAUUUGAGACUGGUCCUGUUCGGCGAGAGGAGGAAGUGUAUGGUUUUCUAUUUCCGCAAGAGGAUUUCUUCACGCCAACAAUGUAUUGUCCAGGAAACGUCAUUGGAGGAGAAAGCCCAUUGGGAAACUGGGUGCAUGAUAUUCCUUUUCAUUCAUUUGGUCGUUUCGGAUCACCUAUAUUCAACCAAAGUGGUCAUCUUGUUGGGAUAUCUUAUCAAAACAUGGACGCAUUGUCUGUGAAGUUCCUACAGUUAGCUGUGUUGAGUGAAGCAGAGAUCAGCAGUGUAUUGGGUAGUGUUUCCUAUGUGCUGAACGGAAACCCAAUACCACCCGAAGUCCCAAUUCUGCCCGAAGGACCGGUCCUGUCCGUCUAGGAGCAGCAGGCUUGCAGGAGAUAGCGCCUCACGCCUUUACCUCAACAGCAGAUGGAAAAUAUCAACAUCCCAGAGUUGACUGUUGUUGCAGCCUAGUGUAGGUUUCAGUUUAGUCUUUAUUAUUAAACUACUAUCUGACUUGUUAUUGCAACCUAGUGUGCUUGUCGAUUUAGUUUCUGUCGUUGAACUGCCAUGACUUAUUUGCAGCCUAGCGUAGUUGUCGGUUUAUUCUCUUUAUUGAAAUGUGAUCUGAUUUGCUGUGGUAGCUAGCCUAAUGAACUAUUGGAUUUAGUUUCUGUUGCUGGAGCUAUCUUGUGGCUGGAAUGACUUUUAUCCUUGGAGCCCCAGAGCUUAGAGUAAUCAUUUGUGUUACGAUUGAGUUGUUGGGUGUUCGCCCAUUUUGUCAGGUGAUGUGAAAUUCAAAGUUCUCUUAUAGAUUAAACUGUCGAAGGCUAAUUGUUGCUGAUGACACAAACAAACCAAAUUUUGCAAAAGAACAAUUUCUACUAGUACUUUGUUCGUAUUCUAUUUAUAGCUGUUUUUCCUAUUUUCUUUUCUUUGUCUUGCAAAGUAGUUUUGCUCUGAAGUUUUAAGUUUUCAUGGAUGUACAUCUUUGUUGUCGAACGAUUGAACAUUUCAGUUUUUCAUGGCACAUAUUUAAAAACUAAUGUCUAGGAGAUGAUAAUUUUGAAUAUAUGUUCUGGUGGUUUGUGGGAUUCGUUGCGUGCUUCAUGUGAAAUGGACUUGUUUUUCGGUCAAUGGAAAUUUUGUAGCGUUCUAAAAAUUAUAGGUUGGUACAUGAGAAAAAU